UGAUAAAAUCGAUAGACAUAGAUUGUCAAACUGAAAGCAGCAUCAAAACCCCUUCCUGAUCCCUAACCCUAAUUCGUCCAAACUACUCCUUUCUCCCCCUCCUAAAAUCGAGUCCUUUGCGUCGCUGUUCCCCCAAUUUGCAAGCCCAUCACGACUAUGGUGGUUGUUGCAGGAGGAGAUCGGCAUUACAGAUUGAUGAUCUAGGUUGAUGAGGGCCGGGGAUUUCAGAAAAGCUGUGGCAUUUUAUGGCAUUUGGAUCAUCAGUGGAUAAUCAUGUCAGUGCUCUCUUUGUCAGAAGUUCAAUAUAUUGGGGAGCAGAAUCCAGGAGUAAAGCCAAUGGAUGAUGUUGUUGAAGAACACAUGAUGCUGCAAGUAGAGCAUCCACAGCAAAGAGCUGUUGACAAACUAGCAUUCACUAUUCAUGACAGGAAACAGAUUGUACCUGACGAUUAUUAUCAACGGAGAGCUUGUGAUGUUGACCAACCAAAUGAUUCUAAUGGGAAUGUGGACACUCUGACCAAACUUGACUGUGCUCAAGGAAACUCUGUAAAUGUAAAUGGCUUCCUUGCUGCUGUGAACCCCUUGUCGAAAGUUAAAUGUUGUAAACUAUCACAAGGAGAUGAAAGAUUAAAUAAAAGCACUGAGGGAAAUACUAACUUCAUAAAAAAUAAUUCCUUUUACCAGGAGGUUUGUGAUCUUUCAAAUGGUAGCAUGGAGGAAGAAGCCAUCUCCCUUAAAAAUGAAAGCAAUACAGACAAAUCUGAACAACUCAAGGGGGAAGAAUUGGCCCCCGUUUGUGUUUCACAAAACAAUUUAGACCACAGCUACACUGGACGAGAACAAGGACUGGAGGUAGCGAGUGGUAUUUGUGGAGCUUGCAACUAUGUGGUACAUUUAGUGGGGGACAGAGUAAAUCAGACAAAUGAAAACAAGGAUGGUUCUCAGGUAUCCAGUGACAUGGACCUCCUCAGAAGUGCUACUUCUGAUUCUUGUAGGGAGGAAGAGGACCAGAAUACUACUGUAUGUGAGCCAUCAGAUCUUGCCAGUUCAAUUGAUUAUGAACAAGGCAUUUUAUCUUUGCAGUGUCAAGAUUGUAAAUCUUUCACUUCCAGCAAGGACUAUCACCUUUCAAAGGAAAAGGUGGGUGACAAGGUCCAAGAUAACAAUCUAGUGGGAGAAAUUGGCCCUUCAGGAGUGGAAUUUCCUGCUGAAGAACAACCUGUCGCACUCUGGGUGAAGUGGAGAGGGAAAUGGCAAACCGGAAUCCUAUGUCCAAGGGUUGACUGUCCUUUACCAACUUUGAGGGCAAAGCCUACUCAUGAGAGGAAAAAUUACUUUGCAAUUUUCUUUCCUCGUACCAGGACAUAUUCUUGGGCAGAUAUGCUACUUGUUCGUUCAAUUGAUGAGUUGCCAGAACCUCUUGUUUAUGGUACUCAUCGUAAAUGGAGGAAGUUGGUUAAAGACUUGACUGUUCCACGCCGUUAUAUCAUGCAAAAACUUGCUGUUGCGAUGCUAAAUAUCAAUGACCGGCUACAUACAGAGGCUGUAGUUGAGCAUGCUCGGAAAGCUACAACAUGGAAGGAAUUUGCAGUGGAAGCAUCUCGCACCAGAGAUUAUUCUGAUCUUGGAAGGAUGCUAUUGAAGCUUCAAACUGUAUACUUCUCAUAUUUGUAUAGUUUAUUGUAUGCCUGGUCAACUUCAACUUUUGUUGCUAUUUCUGGCCUUCACUGCUUUGAUUUCUGCCAGCUUUGGUUGAAUGCCUCUUUUAACUCAUGGGCACAAAGAUGUCAGAGUGUACACAGUGCAGAGACUGUUGAAAUACUAACAGAGGAGUUAUUCGAUUCUGUUUUGUGGAAUGAGGUGGAGGAGCUUCGGAAUGCCCCUGUUCAACCAGAUAUAGGCCCUGAGUGGAAAACUUGGAAGCAGGAGGUCAUGAAAUUCUUCUCCACUGCAUACCCAAGAGCUGGUAAAUUGGACACAGAGCGGAAGAAUGAUGACAGUUCUUUAACUAUGGGAAUUCAAAUUAGUAGGAAGCGUCCUAAGCUUGAAGUACAACAAGCUGAUAAAUCUGUUUCUGCAAGUUUAUUAUCUGAGCCCACCAAGUUGGAUGCUGAUUCUGGGCAUUCCAAUUGUCAGGGCAUUGUAAAAUAUGUUCCAACAGGUGCCGCCCAGGAUAAUGUAAUUCCUGGUCUGGCUGCUGUAGAAGGUUCUAGCACAAUGAGUGACACUUUUAAUGAGAUCGGUGUUGAAGAUGAAAGCAUCCAAUUUGCACAGGGUUCAUUUGCAAGUGGGGCAUGCAACAAGACUGCCAUGGUAAAUUCACAUCAUAGUCCUGAUGCGAUGAAAUAUAGGCAAUGUUCAGCCUUUAUAGAAGCCAAGGGAAGACAGUGUGGACGGUGGGCAAAUGAUGGUGAUAUCUUCUGUUGUGUGCAUUUGAAUUCUCGUUCUGUGGGAAAGCCUAAUCAGGAAGAACAUAACACUCCUUUGGAAGCACCAAUGUGUGAAGGUACAACAACUAAUGGCAACAAAUGCAAGCAUCGAGCCCGAUAUGGUUCAGCAUUUUGCAAGAAACACCGUAGCCAGGAAAUUAAUGAUCCCAUGGUUGUUAAUGAUCUCUCAUAUUCCUGUGUUAAUGAGCUCAAGAGAAAGCAUGAUCAUAGCACUGCCCUGGAACACCUUCCAAGUCCGGUCACUAUUUCUGAGAAAAAUUUCGGUUGGGCUGGUGAGGCACAAACUUCUUUGCAAGAGAACCUGAUCCCAGUAAUGGUGGAAGAAACCUUGGAUGAGAGAAAUUGUUUAAUGAAGAAAUCUGAACUAAGCAGUGCUUUACCUUCUACUGCAAGUGCCACUAGUCUUGAUUUACCACUGUGCAUUGGACAUUAUGGCCGCAUUAAUGGUGAACAGUGCCUGGAGGUUGCUAAGAGACACACCUUGUAUUGUGAAAAACAUCUCCCAAAAUUUCUCAAACGUGCAAGGAAUGGGAAGAGUCGACUGGUAUCGAAAGACGUAUUUCUUGAUCUUUUCAGGAAUUGCUCUUCAAGGAAACAAAAACUAUACCUACAUCAAGCAUGUGAACUUCUAUAUGGGUUCAUGAAAAGCAAUCUAUCCCACCAAAAGGCAGUUCCUAAGGAUGACAGCAUGGGAUGGGUAUUAUCAGAAGCUUCUGUUGAUCAACAUGUAGGGGAGUAUUUAUUGAAGCUGGUGUCAAGUGAGACGGAAAAAAUAACUAGGAUUUGGGGGUUUGGUGCAGACAAGGUUAACCAAGUACCUUCUUCCAAAGCUAUAGUGCAUGACCUUCUAGUUCAUGAUGGUGAUCAGUCUGAGACGACUGUAAGGUGCAAAAUUUGUACUGAGAAAUUCUCUGACAAUCAAAAACUGAGUUUACAUUGGACUGAGAUCCAUAAAAAAGAAUUGCGGUGGCUUUUUUUAGAGGGUUUGCUUUGUUCAAUUUGCAUGAACUCCUUCACAAACAGAAAAGUUUUUGAAACUCAUGUGAAAGAGAAACAUGGGAUGCAAUUCCUUGGACAUUCUGUCCUGCUUCGGUGUAUGUCAUGCAAUAGCCAUUUUCCAAGUUCAGAUCAGUUAUGGCAGCAUGUUCUCUCUUUCCAUUCUUCAGAGCUCUGUCAGCAAGAUCUCAGUCAACAGCAAUGUAGGGUCGUGACUGAAGCUGAUCAACCUGAUUCUGAGCUGUGCAAUAAGGUCUGCCAGGACAAGAGUGCCUUCGAGAAAGAUGAGGGCUCCCAAAGAUUUGUUUGCAGAUUCUGUGGCUUGAAGUUUGAUCUUCUACCAGAUCUUGGCCGUCACCAUCAAGUAGCUCAUAUGAGCCACUUUACAUCGAAGAGGGGAAAUAAUCAUCUCAGACGAGGUAGGCACUGCUAUCCUAGACUCAAGCGAAGUUUUGAUGCGGCUUUUAGAAUUAAGAAUCGCAGUAACUUGGGCACACAAAAGCAGUUUGAGUCUUCUAACUCAGUCAUAGCUGCAAGGGCAAGGUUACAAACUCAAGCAUCUGAAACAGCUAGUCUUGGAAGGCUGCUAGACUCUCAUUGCUCAGAUGUUGCAUUGACCUUAUUUUCUGAGAUCCAGAAAACAAAGCCUCGGCCUAGUAACCUUGAGAUUCUUUCUACUGCUCGCACUGCUUGCUGCAGGACUAGCCUCAGCGCUGCUGAAAUUAAGUAUGGUUUGCUGCCAGAAAAUCUUUGCUUGAAGGCAGCUAAACUUUGUAGUGAACUGAAUACUCCAGUAGAUUGGCACCUAGAGGGGUUUAUUUGUCCCAAAGGAUGUAGACCUCUUACACUGCCUCAUUCUUUACCCCCUCUCAAGCCUGCUACUGGUCCAUUCAUCAAAUCUUCUAGUCAUAUGGAGUUGGUGAAUAUUGCUGAGUGGGAGAUGGAUGAAUGCCAUUAUGUUCUUGAUUCAAAGCAGUUCAUUUUGAAACCAGUUCAAAAACCCAAAAAUUUUUUGUGUGAGGAUUUGAGCUUUGGAAAGGAGCCUGUUCCAGUUGAUGUCAACACUGAUGUGUUAAAAACCUAUAUUGAUUGUCUAUCAUCAAUAGAAAGUUCUGGCUUAGCUUCAGAAACACCAAAAGCUCUUGCUUGUUUUUUUUUUCCCAGUAGUUUUCAUAUUCACUUGGUUAAUUUUUGCAGGAGGGCUAUCUUGUUUAUGAGUGCAACUCCAUGUGUAAAUGCGACUCCUCAUGUUGUAACAGGAUCCUUCAAAAAGGGGUCCAAGUUAAGCUUGAAGUUUUUAGAACAGAAAAAAAAGGGCUGGGCUGUCAGAGCUGGAGAAACUAUACAUCGCGGUGCAUUUGUUUGUGAAUACAUUGGGGAAGUUCUGAGUGAUGUAGAGGCAAACAAGAGGGGACAGAGGUAUGAUAUUGAGGGAUGCAGCUACUUAUAUGAUAUUGAUGCUCACAUUGAUGAGGCAAAUGGCUUGAGUGGAAUGGUGCCUUAUGUGAUUGACGCCACACAUUAUGGGAAUGUUUCACGGUUUAUUAAUCACAGCUGUUCUCCAAACCUUGUGAAUUAUUUGGUGCUAGUGGAGAGCAUGGAUUGUCAACUUGCUCAUAUUGGUUUCUAUGCAAGUCGGGAUAUUUCCAUUGGUGAAGAACUUGCUUAUGACUAUCGAUACAAGUUGCUGCCAGGAGACGGAUGCCCAUGCCUCUGUGGAGCAUCGAACUGCAGGGGUCGUCUAAAUUAAAUUUUUCAUUGUCAUCGGCUGAAGUAUAUAUAUUGUUCCUGAAGAGAUUGACUUUGAUAAGUUGCUGUUCCUAGAGAUUGGGGAACCAUUGUUCCGAAAAAGGGUGAUCCUAAUCCAGAUCUAUUCAAGGAUCUGUGUCCAUAUAUCAACCUCAGGGGAUUGACAAAGUUACAGCAGCCUUUAGUUUGUGUUCAUAAUGAUUCAAUUAUUGUCUAGAGGCCUUCAAACUGGUGGCCUUUGUGUCCGA